UUUGUUUUAUUUUGGCGGCUACAGACGGAGCGGAGAGCUGCUGGACCUUCAGACUAGAAGCAGAAUGGAGGAGCAGAACCAGAACCAGGACCAGAACCCCACGAGGAGGAACAAAGCGGGAUCAUCCUCUGAUACCACCGGUCGGCAGAAACAUGGAGGCCAAAGAAAACCUAAACAUCGAGGUGGUCGAGGCUGUAAGAAAGUUUUCACUGGUGCAUCACGACCAAAGAGAUGUCAGAAGAUUCACGUUGGAGAGAAACCGUACACCUGUGAUCAGUGUGGAGCAGCUUUCAGUCAGUCAGGUCAUUUAAAAAGUCACCAACGUAUUCACACUGGAGAGAAACCUUACAGGUGUGAUCAGUGUGGAGCAGCUUUCAGUCAGUCAGGUCAUUUAAAAAGUCACCAACGUAUUCACACUGGAGAGAAACCUUACAGGUGUGAUCAGUGUGGAACAGCUUUCACUGUAUCUGGUGCUUUAAAAAGUCACCAACGUAUUCACACUGGAGAGAAACCUUACAGGUGUGAUCAGUGUGGAGCAGCUUUCAGUCAGUCAGGUGAUUUAAAAAGUCACCAACGUAUUCACACUGGAGAGAAACCUUACAGAUGUGAUCAGUGUGGAGCAGCUUUCAGUCAGUCAGGUGAUUUAAAAAGUCACCAACGUAUUCACACAGGAGAGAAACCUUACAGGUGUGAUCAGUGUGGAGCAGCUUUCACUAUAUCUGGUGCUUUAAAAAGGCACCAACGUAUUCACACUGGAGAGAAACCUUACAGGUGUGAUCAGUGUGGAGCAGCUUUCACUAUAUCUGGUGCUUUAAAAAGUCACCAACGUAUUCACACUGGAGAGAAACCUUACAGGUGUGAUCAGUGUGGAGCAGCUUUCAGUCAGUCAGGUGAUUUAAAAAGUCACCAACGUAUUCACACUGGAGAGAAACCUUACAGGUGUGAUCAGUGUGGAGCAGCUUUCACUAUAUCUGGUGCUUUAAAAAGGCACCAACGUAUUCACACUGGAGAGAAACCUUACAGGUGUGAUCAGUGUGGAGCAGCUCUCAGUCAGUCAGGUGAUUUAAAAAGUCACCAACGUAUACACACUGGAGAGAAACCUUACAGGUGUGAUCAGUGUGGAGCAGCUUUCAGUCGAUCAGGUCAUUUAAAAAGUCACCAACGUAUUCACACUGGAGAGAAACCUUACAGGUGUGAUCAGUGUGGAGCAGCUUUCACUAUAUCUGGUGCUUUAAAAAAUCACCAACGUAUACACACUGGAGAGAAACCUUACAGGUGUGAUCAGUGUGGAGCAGCUUUCACUAUAUCUGGUGCUUUAAAAAAUCACCAACGUAUUCACACUGGAGAGAAACCUUACAGGUGUGAUCAGUGUGGAGCAGCUUUCACUAUAUCUGGUCAUUUAAAAAGUCACCAACGUAUUCACACUGGAGAGAAACCUUACAGAUGUGAUCAGUGUGGAGCAGCUUUCAGUCAGUCAGGUGAUUUAAAAAGUCACCAACGUAUUCACACUGGAGAGAAACCUUACAGGUGUGAUCAGUGUGGAGCAGCUUUCACUGUAUCUGGUGCUUUAAAAAGUCACCAACGUAUUCACACUGGAGAGAAACCUUACAGGUGUGAUCAGUGUGGAGCAGCUUUCAGUCAAUCAGGUCAUUUAAAAAUGUUAAAAAGUCACCAACGUAUUCACACUGGAGAGAAACCUUACAGGUGUGAUCAGUGUGGAACAGCUUUCACUGUAUCUGGUGCUUUAAAAAGUCACCAACGUAUUCACACUGGAGAGAAACCUUACAGGUGUGAUCAGUGUGGAGCAGCUUUCAGUCAGUCAGGUGAUUUAAAAAGUCACCAACGUAUUCACACUGGAGAGAAACCUUACAGAUGUGAUCAGUGUGGAGCAGCUUUCAGUCAGUCAGGUGAUUUAAAAAGUCACCAACGUAUUCACACUGGAGAGAAACCUUACAGGUGUGAUCAGUGUGGAGCAGCUUUCACUAUAUCUGGUGCUUUAAAAAGUCACCAACGUAUUCACACUGGAGAGAAACCUUACAGGUGUGAUCAGUGUGGAGCAGCUUUCAGUCAGUCAGGUGAUUUAAAAAGUCACCAACGUAUUCACACUGGAGAGAAACCUUACAGGUGUGAUCAGUGUGGAGCAGCUUUCAGUCAGUCAGGUGAUUUAAAAAGUCACCAACGUAUACACACUGGAGAGAAACCUUACAGGUGUGAUCAGUGUGGAGCAGCUUUCACUAUAUCUGGUGCUUUAAAAAAUCACCAACGUAUUCACACUGGAGAGAAACCUUACAGGUGUGAUCAGUGUGGAGCAGCUUUCACUGUAUCUGGUGCUUUAAAAAGUCACCAACGUAUUCACACUGGAGAGAAACCUUACAGAUGUGAUCAGUGUGGAGCAGCUUUCAGUCAAUCAGGUCAUUUAAAAAGUCACCAACGUAUUCACACUGGAGAGAAACCUUAAAUGUGCCAGGAGGAUGGUGCAGCUUGUAUUCAUUCAGACUAUUAAAAAAAUUAUACCAAAUGUUGUGGAAAAACUAAUGUGUACUGCUGGAUUAAAACUUUAUUAACAAAGGUAUCACUAAGAAGACCUGUGAGGUAAAACAAAAUGAUAUUGUGCAUAUUUGUAAAGUUUUGGCAAACGAUAGGGGGAUUUGCAGCCACUUCUUGUAAAUGUUUAGUAAAGUUAUGAAUUUUAGUCAUAGAAAGACGACCUCCCUCUGAAGAGAAACUGUUCUGCAGCUGUUCUGUAGCAACUGUGAGGUGAUUGUCGCAACAUAUUUGAGUUUGAAUUAAAUAAUACUGUAUAUAACUAUGUACUUUGUUAGUCAUAACAGAGUAAUAAUAAUACUAAUGGUUUAGAUUUAUUUAGUGCUUUAUCAAGGUACCCAAAGUGCUUUACAUUGUGAAUCCGUUAUUCAUUCACACGCUGAUGGUGGAAGCCAAGUUGUACAAAUAAAUGAGUUGUUUACAGUA